CUUCUUUGCUACGCUGACAAAACUAAAGAGUCAAAAGAAACUAUAAAACAGUACAUUAGUUUCCUCUAAGCUUCCUUCCUCAUCGUCUUCACUUCGGUUGUAAAAUUUCUCUUCGGUUUCACGCAAUCUAGAACAAGAAAUAUGGCUAUGUCGGUCGAAGGCUUGCAGGGCUGGCUUUCAUGUUCUCAGCUAGCAUUUUAUUGCAAAUUCUGGCCUGUGCAAUAUACAGCAACUGGUGGCCAAUGUUGGCAGCUCUGAUGUACGUAAUGGUGCCUAUGCCUUGUUUGUUUUUUGGUGGUGGAUCCACUGCAUUCUUAACCAGCCGUGAUGGUGGAGGCUGGAUGGAUGCUGCAAAGUUCUUGACAGGAGCAUCUGCAGUGGGAAGCAUCGCCAUUCCUGCAAUCCUUAGGCAUGCUGGUCUGAUCGAAACAGGAGCUAUGUUCAUUGAGUUCACUUCUUUCUUCAUUCUAGUUUGCACUAUCAUGUGUUUUCAUCGUGCUAGUCUUGAAGAUGAAUGGUGAUGGAUUUAUAUUGGAAAAUAGAACAAAACAUAACAGAGUUAUUAUUGUAUGAUUUCUACCAGUGGAUUCAAAUGUAAAAUUUAAGAAACAAAGAUCACUUCACUAAUCAAGAAAAACAUCCAACUGCAGAUCUUGACUUCCUUUUUUC